AUGCGAAUGUUCAGGUUGUUAAGGGCGGUCAUCCCAGGGGGCUGCACACCGCUUGUGCAGCCCCUGGAUGUGUCGGUGAACCGCGCGUUCAAGUGCAGGGUGGAGGUCCUUGACGACGUCAACGACCUCGUCGACGACGAGGUCGUCGUCAACCCGUUCUACGCCGAGGCCCCCGUGCCGCCCGAGGAGCUGCAGGCCGCAGAGGAGGAUGACGCCGCAGAGGAGGCAGCGGAGGCGGUAGAGGAGGAGUGGAACGCGCCUGAAGAAGGUGGUGAGGCGGGAGAGUGCAACGAUGACGAUGAUGACUGGUGGCGCCCUGGCCGCUACGACGGAGAGGAGUGUGAAGAGUGGAACGCAGGGGCCGAUGUGGAGGAGGAGUAG